UCGAAGGCCCCGCCCUUCAGGUGGCGCUGCGGCCUGGCCCUCUGGCGGGGAGGAGGCGGGUUGGAAACGCGAGCGGCUGUGCGGUUGUCGAUUCCCCGUCUGAACGCAGACGAUGGCGAGCCCGCCGGCUGUGCCCCGGCUGCCUCCGCACGACACGAGGACGCCGGCUCUGUCGGUGGUGGACAUGCACACGGGCGGCGAGCCUCUGCGCAUCGUGCUGGCUGGGUGUCCGGAGGUGGUCGGCCCCACGCUGCUGGCCAAGCAGCGCUACAUGCGCCAGCACCUCGACCACGUGCGGCGACGGCUGAUGUUCGAGCCCCGGGGGCACCGGGACAUGUACGGGGCUGUGCUGGUGCCGAGCGAGCUGCCUGACGCGCACCUGGGCGUCCUGUUCCUGCACAACGAGGGCUACAGUUCCAUGUGCGGCCACGCGGUGCUGGCUCUGGGCCGGUUCGCGCUCGACUUCGGGCUGGUGCCAGCGCCCCCCGCCGGCGCCCGCGAGGCCCUGGUCAACAUCCACUGCCCGUGCGGGCUGGUAGCCGCCUUCGUGGAGUGCGAGGGCGGCCGCAGUGGCGGCCCGGUGCGCUUCCACAGCGUCCCGGCCUUCGCGCUGGCCACAGAUCUCCUAGUGGAUGUUCCCGGUCAUGGAAAGGUGGUGGUGGACAUUGCAUAUGGUGGCGCAUUUUAUGCGUUUGUUAGUGCUGAAAAGUUAGGACUUGAUGUUUGUUCCACAAAGACAAGGGACCUCAUGGAUGCAGCAAGUGCAGUGACAGAAGCGGUGAAAGCUCAGUUUAAAAUUAAUCAUCCUGACAGCGAAGACCUUGCCUUUCUAUAUGGAACUAUAUUAACAGAUGGAAAAGACACUUAUAGUGAGGAACCAACCACCAACAUCUGUGUGUUUGCAGAUGAACAGGUUGACAGAAGUCCUACCGGCUCAGGAGUGACAGCCCGAAUUGCCCUACAGUAUUACAAAGGGCUUCUAGAACUGAACCAGACCAGAGCCUUUAAAAGCAGUGCAACCGGCUCAGUAUUCACAGGGAAGGCUGUGAGGGUGAGUGGCACCCUUAGCUUCUCAUUUGAAGUAAAAUGUGGUGAUUUUAAAGCUGUUAUAGUGGAAGUAUCUGGACAAGCCCAUUACACAGGUACAGCAAACUUUAUAGUAGAAGAUGAUGACCCACUGAGGGAUGGAUUUCUUCUCAAAUGACUUAUAUGACUUUUAAGGGCUUUCUUUAAAUUGUUAUCAUAAGUAAAUUUUCUCUGAAUUACGUGGAAAACUGUAUCCAAAUUGUACAUGUAAGCCAACUAACAUUCUUCUUAAAAUAAUACACUGUGGUUAAAUAUAAAGUCAUUAUUCCUGUUUAUACAUGUGUAUUGGUAUAUUGCUUAUAGAAUACAAAAUGCAGAAUACUUUUCUAAUUAUUAACAUAUCAGGUAAAAUUAAAACCUUAGUUCUUGUUACUUUUAAAUAUUCCUCUGUGGUAAUUACUAUAAUAUUCUGUUUUAAAUGCUCUUUGAGUAAUAGCUUCAAUUGUAGCCCUCACAGCAAUGAGUCUUACAAGUUCAUUAUUUUAGUCUUCCAGUUUUUGAGUAAAAUAAUGCCCUCUCUCUAAGCAGCAUGCAAGGGAGACAGCUUAUUAUAAAGUCCUCAACACUUAGCAGUCAUAAACUGGGAAGUAAUGGGGUGGUCAGCUUCUCUGGGUGAGAGUUGUUGUAGCUGCUGCAGGGAUGUCCUCUGUGCUGCAGAGCCCAGCUCCUAUACCCAUAAACUCGUGAGAGAAGAUCAAGAAUCAGGCUUUUGAUAUAUCGUUAAGGCUCUUAUAAAAGGGGUUGUUUAUUGCAUUACUGAAGUAUAGGUACACAGUAGGAGUCAAUCAAUAAAUCUCUACAGUGGGGCAAGUCAACAUACUCUGCCAACUACAUGCCAGGUAAUUUAAAACAUGAAGGACAUGUGAACUAUUGGCGUUCUUGCUAGUUAAUUGUGAACCUAUUAAAAAAUAAAAUUUGAUCAUUAUCAGCAUUAUAAAAUGAAGUAUUAAAAAUUAUUCACCAUGUAAUUUUCUCAAUAUUCAGUAGACUUUUUUUCUGGUGGGUGGGGGGUAUUUUCUCAGUUUAUUUUAGAUUCAUUGUUUUGACCUUAAUUUGUGCUCUGAACUCUGUCAGCCUUGAAUCAGUAGACUCUUUUUUGAGGUAAGUAAUAGUAUUUCUUUUUUCGAGCAUACAGUGAAAUAAUCAAUUCAUUUCAACUGGCUGUGUCAUCCAGCAAGUCUGUGUAGACCCAGUUAUCAGGUCUCUGAUUGAAUUACCUGACCAAAAGGAAGGCUGUAAAGUUAAUGUUCUUGAUUUCCCUAUUAAAUACACAAAAACUAAUGUUUUCCAUUCA